UAAUUACAAAAAUUAUAAACAGCUUUGAGGGUGAAUGAGAAAUUUUUAAUUUCAUCACAAAAAUUUCGCAUAGACAUUUACCGUAAAUGAUUUACGGCAUUAAUUGGCAUUUACGUAUGCAUGCAUCAUAUAUGUAACACCAUUUGUAGUAGAGAGCCCUACUGACCUAUCCUGAUUAUUGAGAAAGCCACUAACUACUACAAUUUGACGUAUGUAGUCAAUUACGUAGUCAUGGUAAUGACACUUCAAGGUUUGCCUGGAGACAGAUCCACGCCAGGGUUUAUUGCAGGAAACUGUACAUAAUUUUUGUUCUGUAGACUCGUGACAUUAACCCAAUCUGAACAAUAGUUUUUUGUGCUUGCCAAGUUUACAAAAAUGGUCUGCUGGUACAAAUGCUGUCCAGUUGUCUUCCGGAAGAACAAGCCAAAGCGUUUGCAAUUCAAAUGGGACAUUGUGGCCAUGCUGCUCCUCACGAUUCAUGACAUUGUGGCUCUCGGUUUGGUCAUUGCGGCUUCAGUCACCUACAACUCCUACCAGUCUUACCAGCACGCUCCCUACAAGACCGUGGACGCACCCAUUCUUGUAGCGGCCCAGGUCACUUCCAACUUCAUCAUCAUUUUCCUCAUGAUUGAGUAUGGUUUUCGACUCUUGGAAGAUGGGCCUUGGUAUGGAAAAGUGACAAUUGGUCUCCUUCACGUGGUGCCCUCAAUUGCCUACAUCGCAGUCGUCCAGAAAAACUUUAUCUACUACUUGGGUUUUAAAGGAAUACAUGACAAAACACCAGAACCACCGAACGGAGGGGCCUUUACAAUUGCUGACGUCUUUGGGGACGUGUACAAUAUCUCUGUGUUCCAUCAUCUAUAUGUUGUCCUGUUCGAAUCCAUUCUCACUCUCUGCAUGGUAAUUUUCUGCUCCAAGAAGAAGGUGCAUCCUGAAACUGUGGCAAAUAUUGAAGAUUUGCCCCCCUAUGAAGAAGUCGUGGUGGGUGGAGUCACAGUUCGCGUUCAGUUGGACGCUGAGAGUCGCAUUUUUACUCCUGGAAAAGAGAUCAAGGGCAGGCUCACUUUUAGCAAGGAUCAUCCCCCGUCCGCCACAAUUGACAUAGUCGGAGUUGGAGAAGUAAGUUGGACACAGAGUCGAUGUUGCAAAAGUGGAAUACCGAGAAAAGGGGUCGAAACCGUGUUUAAUUAUACCGUGGUCACGUCCGAUAUGUUCCAAACUACUCUUCCCACAAAUGCUCCACCUACCUUUUCUUGUGGCGAGGGAACCAAGGCUUCAAUUUCGUACUGCAUUACUGCCACCUUGAACAUGAAUGACGGUUCCCCAAACUUCACUAUAAACCUUCCGUUCAUUGUUCUCCCAUCUCAAGUUGCUACCUCACCUUUUCCCUUGGAACAUACCGUUUUCACUGAAAAACUUUUUCUUGCAAAUUAUCUCGGGUGCAUUCCGUACAAAGUUGGCCCUUAUGGUUUCGCUCUGGAGUUGAAAAAGUCAAAUUUCAUCAUUGGUGAAGACAUUGACUUCACUGUUGAGAUUUUCAAUGAAACCAGGCGUCCAGUUUUAAAGGUUGCGGCUUCUCUCGUCAGUGUAGUUGAUCUUGUCGAUUCGACACAUGGUUAUCAAUUUGAAGAUGAACUUCUCAUGGUUUGGGAUGAGUUGGUCUAUGGCCCGAUGCCGGUGAAAGGAAUUGUGGCUUGGACGGGCAAGUUGACAGUGCCAAAGAUGGCUCCUGAAUCCGCAAGUCUCCCAUUUUCGAAUGCCAUCGAGUUCGCCAACUACUACUUCCGGUUCCUCGUGGAAAUUCAGGGCAUGAGUGAGAAUGCCGAGUUGGAGGUUCCCAUCUGUAUAGGCGAGGGUCCAGUUGAAGGUCACGCCUGGCUGGAACGGCACAGUCAAUCGGUCAUUGCAGGGAUCGAAGGUCAAGACAAGGUCACGCUCGCUACAGACGGAUAGGUCAUUUCACCGCUUUCCCUUGCCCCAUUCAAACUCUAAAUUGUUCGUGCCUAUUGAUGGAAGACCACAUGUCUAAAUUCUGAAACCAACAAGAUUAUUUUUCCAUUCAAACUCAAUUAAUAAACGUGGACAUAUUUUGAAUUAA